AUGGCGCAGCGGCAACGCAAGUGGCAUCCGAAGACACGGACAGGCUGCAAAACAUGCAAGAUCCGGAAGAAGAAAUGCGACGAAGCGAAACCGAUAUGUAAUCGAUGCAUCAAAGACAAAUUCACGUGCGACGGCUACGAUGCUCCACGGGCAUGGUUGUUCACUCGUCCUGAAGAAGAGGAUGUCAAGUUCACGCCGGCGUCCGAGAAGAACGGUGAAGCCUCAGAGGCGUCGUCCAGCAGCCAGUGCCCAGCCGACGUCUAUGCCCCGUUCUCAGAUCAUGAAGUCGUCGACACUUGCCCGGUCGCCGAUGCUCUGUCCGUCUCAGUACCAUCAAGUCCUUGGACCUCGGAAACGGACCGAAAUUUCUGCCAGUACUUCCUCUUGCAACUUGCACCUUUGCUCACCACGACAAAGCAAUGGGACUACUUCUGGCGAUCGACAGUGCCUCAGGCAGCCUGGCUAGACUCCUCCAUUAACCACGCAAUGGUCGCCGUCGCAGCUACUUACGAAUCCCGGAAAUCUGGCAUCGAUCGGACUGAACUGAUAUUGAGUCGGAGUAACCAAGCCAUUCGUGCCUUCACGGCCUCCCAAACUUCUACUGAUCUGGCCUUGAUUCUGUGCCGGCUCCUCUCGUCAAUCGCUCAGUGCAAUGGGGAUUAUCGCACUGCGACCAUGCACAUGAACUACGGCCAGAAGAUGCUGCAAGAGGGAGCUCGGGCGCUUAAAUCCCGAUCUUCUGACAUUAUACGUCUGAUGGCUCCAACUGUAAUGGCGCUUUCUACAUACGCGAUCGACGACUCCGGCUUUUCGACAAGGAUUGCUCCAGAGAAAUACGAGGCUUUCCACGUCCUCAAAACCAUCCGUAUGGAGUACGGACGACUACUGCACUCCCUUUCUGCGGACAUUUGGGAGAGAGCAGAUUCUGCAACGAAUUCUCUCCUGAGUAUAGCCUGGAGCACGCUUACUCAGGCAUUCAGCUCAGUUCUGCACCCUGACAUUGUCUCUUUUGCCAAUGAUCCUGUCGUGCCAGUCGCGCAAAUCAUUGGUCACUUACAAGCGGACAUGGCUGUGCUCUCCAUCGAUGAGCUCAAUACGCAAUUUCGGAGAAUGAUUCGCGAGCUGCGGUACUUUCUGACGACAUCAGAUGGCCCUUUGGGUCUUUCAAUGCAUCAAAGGCAACAUCUCAAACGCUUAGUGGAGAAUUACCUCGUCCAGGCGGCUGAAGUCGAACCAAAGAUGACCGCAGGCACGUUCUGUGUGAGGAGCCCAAACCGGAGACAUCCUUUGCGCUUCUAUCGAACUACGAAGCCGCCGAACUCGAGCGCAGGAAACGUGAUUUCUACUUGGAACACGUGUGCCAAUAUCGGAGUGGCUUCAUGCCGACGUCCAUCUAUAAUGAGAGCCGUUGGCUUCCUGACGGAGCGCAAUCGAAAAAGCGUUCGGGGUGCUUGA